CGAGUGAACUGCACCAACCAAAGGACUCGCAGAUCACAAAUAUGGAGUCUCGCCCAUAACAAACAGCAUGUUUGUAAACCCCUUACAGUUUCCUUUUAAUUACUCCGGAAUAUCUCUGUUGUUUCAGAUCUAAUGCUGACCAUUUAUCCUUGAAGAGUAACGCUGAUUGCUGAAGAAAGGGGCCAGGGACAUUGAUGGCAGAUACGGUCCAAAAGGAUUGCAAGCAGGAAAGUGAUGCUAUGGGUUUGCCUUCAGAACCUCAAUCCCAUAGACAACCCGCAGCUCCGCAUGCUGGACAGCUCAACAUAGAGGGGCCAAAGCACAGUGACAGUUCUUCACUCAUAGGAGGGUCCUGUUCAGCAGACUCUAAAGAAGCGGUGUCAGAAACCCAAAGGAACAAGAAGAUGGCUGAGGGCAAUACCUUGAUAGGGAAGCUCGCAGAGAACAGCAGGGGACAUUCUGGGGAGACCAAUAGAUCCACUGAUUCCCCUUCUGGCACCUCACCACAUCAACGAAACAAAGAGGAUGAUACUGCUUUAAAUGCAGGAGAAAGCCCCCUCUUGCUUCCUGUUGCAUCAAGCACUGAUGAAAAUGUUGCACCGGUCACCCCCACUGCAAAGAAAAAAGGCAGACCCAGAAAGAACCCUGUACCACAGAAGCUGCCCACACUGAGUGAAGAGAGGGCAGAGAACGGCGAGGCCCAAAAUCCACAGCCGCCAAAGGUCUAUAAGAAGAGAGGGAGGAAAUCAAAAGCUGAGGUGUUGGCGAUGCAGCUUGAACAGGGACUGCUGGGAACGCCAGAGCCAGUCACCAAGCAGCUAGAAGAGGAGAUCACUGAUGAACAAGAGAUGACCCUGGGAGGACGACCCAAGAGAAGAGCUGCUAAAGUAGCUAUGAAAUACCUCCACUCCCUUGCUGAAGAGAUGGGAUACUCCAACCAGACUCCCCAGGCACCAGAGAACACCGCCGCCAGCGAGGACGGUGAACCCAGUACACCAAUGAAAUGUGGGAGAGGGAGGAAGAGGAAGAGGAACACAGAUGAGGGCUCUGAUGAUGUGACCAGUGAUGUGGACUUUGUCCUUCCUGAUGGAGUGACGGUCAAUCAGGAAGAGGAGGAUGAUAACGAGGAUGCCUUAAAUGUGGAAUCUGAAUCUGACCUGGAAGAUAAGGGGAGUAAGAUAAGAGCUGCACCUGCUGCUAAUAAACCAAAAUUCUUGGGCAUGGCUGCCAAUGGCUUGCUGAACAACAUAAUGGGUCCUGUUUGGAAUUGUAUGCACAUGACAAAGGAGUAUCGAGAAAAAUGCUAUUCCCCAUGGGUGUUUCCUGAAUGGAUACCUUCGCUGAAGGACUGGAAGUUUCUGUCUGAGAGUGAAGCACUCAAUUAUUUACCCCAAGAAAAGAAAUCGCCACCCUUCAGGAUAAGGAGAGAGGGUUUUAGAGAUGAUAAUAUGCUGCAUCAUGUUGGCAGAUUUCAGUCCCUUUCCUCGCACUAUGAGCGGUGGGACUUGGCUUUCUUUGUUGGUGGUCCAGUGUGGUCAAUGGAGUGGUGCCCCUGCCCCGAAGGGUCAGCAUCCGCUCAGUACGCAGCCAUUUACUCUAACAAGGGGAUGGAUGACAGGCAUAAGAUGUCUGGUACGCACACAGAGCCAGCACUGUUGCAGAUCUGGAACAUAGGUGACCUGCAGCAUGUCAGUUGCCCAACAAACAAAGCCACCUUUGCAUACGGGGUUGCCUUGGAUUACGGCUGCAUAUGGAAUAUGAAGUGGUGUCCUAGUGGGACGUGGGAGCUGCCUUCAUCCAACAGAAAGAUUCCUCAGAUGCCCAGGCUUGGGCUCUUGGCUGCUUCCUUUUCAAACGGUAAAAUUGCUGUGUUCAGCCUUCCGCAUCCAGAAUCAUUGACUGCAUACAAGAAAUAUCAGAGUAAAGGAUCAGUAAGUCAACAAGCGCUGAUAUGCAAGGUACAAUGCACUGUUGUCCUGGAGGUGGGAUCGAUACAGGCCAACAGUAACUCCCAGUGUGGACAGUGCUUCUGUCUAGAUUGGAUACCGGUGGAAGACCACAAGUUUCUGGCAGCUGGCUUCUAUGAUGGUACGGUAGCCUUAUGGGACCUAACUACCAAAUCACUGCUGCAGCGUGUCUGUCAAACCAGUGGAUCUGUUACUCUAUACCCCUACCACAGCUUCGUAGCCCAUGACCAUGCUGUUCGUGUUAUCACCUGGUGCAAAGCCAGCAGUGAUUUUAUACUCACGGCUAGCGAGGACAGAAAGUUGAAGUUCUGGGAUCUCAGGAGGACUUAUGAGCCAGUCAAUGUCAUUAAACGCUACCUCAGUACAGAGGUGUCAUGGCAGCUGCAUUGGUGUGGAAUUUCUGUGGCACAGGAAAACUGCUACGUUGCGUUUGGGCUCAAUGGAAUCCAUUAUAUUGAUGCUGGAUACAUAGGAUAUAAACCAUAUUUUGUUGCCCCCAGGAGAGGAACGAGUAUAUCAGGCUCUGAUUGGCUCAAUACUUGUAUCACAGGAGAUAGCACUGGGGAUGUCAUAAUGAUGUUGCUUGCUGACAUGACAGCCAACCCGAACAACAUCAAGCGACCAAGUGACCACAGAUUUCAGCCUGUUUACAGAACCCAGCUUGUUCAGUUGGAUGCUGCUGCUAGUAGGCCUUUCGAUGCAGAGGGAAGCACUGAGACAACUGACAGAAACCCUGUUUGUGAACCGCGGUCAUACAGCGAGGCAAUGAAGAAGUUCUACCUCCUAUUCGAAGAUACCGAUCUGAGGUCAUUUAAAAACGCCGCUAAGCGAGAGUCAAUGAAACAAAUGUAUGCCACAGAAGCAAAGGGUUCACUGUCUCCUGAUAGGAUGCCUCUCGACUCCAUACACAAGGUCCGGUUCAAUCCCAAUCUUGAUGCUCAUGGCUGGCUACUGUCAGGUGGGCAGUCGGGCAUAGUCCGAGCACACAGCCUCCGAGGAUUGAACAGCCCCAUCACCAGCAAGCUCAUCAGGGAGAGCCAGGCUCAGUUCAAUGCCAUGUACCAGCCUCAAGGAGCUACAGCCAAUGAGGCAAUCAUGAAAACUGUCACCCACAGUAUGGAAACCAUUGUAGAGGUGCUGUGAGAGGAGUUGAAGGAAGGGCUGUAGAUGCACAUGGUCCCUCCUUUACCACCACCCCAGGGUCAUAAAAAUAACGACUGUUCAACUUCCACAAUUUAAUAAUUGUAGGUAUUACUAAUGGUGGUCAAUUGAAAUCUAUCCAUAAUGAAAUCUUCCCCAAGAUAUUUAAAUAAUUUAGCCCCCCCCCCC